CUCGUAUCUCUCUCUCUCAUACACACUCUUCUGGUUCUGGGUCUCCGACACAUCAUUCGAGUCUAGCAAAGAGAGUGAAUGGCGAAGGUUCGAUGCCAGAGAAUCGGAUGCGACGCAGUGUUCUCCGAAGAAGACAAUCCCGACGGUUCCUGCACUUAUCAUGCUUCUGUACGCACACCUCUCUCCUCCCUCUUAGUUACUACUGUAUCAUGAUUCCAUCGCCGUAGCUCAAUCUGUCAGUUGAGAGUUCAAUUGUUGUGGUUGAUACUCCGUGGAGUUACUUGAGUUAUCGAGCGACGAUGUAUUGUUUUUUUCUUUUUUCAUCUAGAGUACAUAUUUUAUAUUUUCUCAUAGCGUAUUUAGUAGGCAUAUGCUGUUCUGAUCUUUCCUUUGUCCUUUUUUUUGCCGAUUUAUUUGCCAUGCGAGAGAUGAUACAAACAACAUAACUCUCUUUAAUGCUAUUCUUUUGUACUUCUUCCUGGGGGAACAUAAAUGGAUGUGAUUCUCUAGUCCUCUUCUUUAUUUUAUUUAUUCAUUCAUUUAUUUAUUUUGCGAUAAAGCUUAUCGUGAUCUGGUCUUUGGCUAUAUUGCUUUAUUUGAUUACAUAUUACCGUCUAACAAUUACUCAAGGAAGUCCGUAUAUGCUUUAAAACAAAAGAGGAAUACGUAAAAUUGGUCUACGGGGGUGGAUGCAGGGAGCUCAACCUGGCUUUUAGCUAGUUAUAGUAGUGUGUGUGUGUGAGUGUGAGUGUAAUAUGUAUGUGUACAUAUUAUUAUAUGUUGGACUUCCUCUUUAUAGCUCCAGUGUAAUAUUUCCAGUCCAUAUGUUGUAUUGUGUGCGAGUUAAUUUACAAAUCUUUGCCUACAAUGGAAAGGGUGUCAUAUACUGGGACUUAGUCUACUGUAUCUUUAAAGCUGCUUGCAUUUGCUAAUUUAUCCACUUAGCAUUUUUUCAACCUCCAUUCCUCAUCAUGUUCAUCAUGCAGACUCCUCUUUUGAUCAUCACAUGAUUUUCCUUUAAUGUUGUAUCCCCCCAGCUUUUUUGUUGACUGGAUCCAGUCUGAUGAUUUUACUUGUUCUUACAAAUAUAAAUAGUAUUUCUGGUCUUUGGAUUAAUCAUUAUGAAUGUUGUUGUACAAAAUACUUCCCCCAUCUUACUAACUUAACAUGCUAAUUUCUCUUGGUUAUGUGUGGUGUUGUCUGUUGAUGGGAUUUGGCAGCAGAAGCUGUUGGAGGAUGGGGGUUUGGCAUUGUAUAGACAUGUAGAUUGUAUCUUUUCCACAAAAUACAACGUUUAGGGCAUCUGUUCACAGUUUUGUUAAAUUCUGAUUGCAUGAACUUCCAUCUGAUACGUGAUUAACACCAUGUAGUCUGCUUUUCAUCUUAUUACAACUAUGUUGGCAAUUGUUCAUCAUUAUUUGUUCUGUAUCUUGCUUACAUGUAUCUGAUCCCUUUUGUUUAUUGUUUACUCUUUAUCUUUAUGCACACUAAUUAAAUUUUAUUGUUUGAUGCAUGGAUUAUACUACAUGCUGCGACAUCCAUCUGAAUACAGGGUCCCUUAUUUCAUGAUGGGAUGAAAGAAUGGAGCUGUUGCAAGAAAAGGAGCCAUGAUUUCAGUUUAUUUUUAGAAAUUCCUGGUUGCAAGACAGGAAAACAUACAACUGAAAAACCUGUGCUCACAAAGCCUGCUGCAGCUCAAAAGAAGCCAGUUUCUGUUCCAACACCCCUGGCUGAUUCCUCUUCAAAAGAUACGUGUCCUAGGUGCCGCCAAGGAUUCUUCUGUUCUGACCAUGGUUCACACAACCAAGAAACGAAUCCAAAAUCUGUAGUAAAUGCAAAUAAUGAAAGUAGUCUGGAUAUCCAAGAACCAAAACCACCUCAACCCAAGAAAAUUAUCGAUAUAAACCAACCCCAGAUCUGCAGAAAUAAAGGGUGUGGAAAAAGUUUCAAAGAGAAGGAUAAUUACGAUGCAGCAUGCGAAUACCAUCCUGGGCCGCCUGUCUUCCAUGACAGGAUGAGAGGGUGGAAAUGUUGUGACGUUCAUGUUAAAGAAUUUGAUGAAUUCAUGAGCAUACCACCUUGUGCAAAGGGAUGGCACAAUGCUGAUCCGGCGUCAUGAUAAAAGCUUGAAACUUUGAAGGCGUCUCUUCUUAUCCUAUUCAAAUCAACUUGUGAUGUAAAACAUGUUGACGUAGUUUAUGAUCAUGUACCCUUUUCUUUCGUAAUCUUCAGUAAAAGCUCCAACUCUCUCGUCUCUUUAACUGAUUUUGAAAUGAUGCAACUGAAUUUGAGGAAACUUUCAAUUUGUGAAAUGAUAUAAUUACCAUUUCCAUA